AUGUUAACGCUAAUUGAAUCAACGGGAUCAAAGAAUCGAGCAACAACACGAUCCAAUAAUGUUAAUAACACUCAAGAAUUAGCAUUCGCCUGUGGUGAUAAUAAUGAUAACGACGAUAACGAAAAUGGCUAUUUCAUUGAUCGAUUUUUGGUCGGAAAAUCGAAUUCGUUAGACUAUUCAAAUAAAUGGAAGCAUGAAUUUAGUGAACGGCCAUCUGCAUGUGAUGCCGACUUGACUUUGCAACAAAUUAAACUGGAAAAUGCUAAAGGAAAUAAUUGCGCAUUAUAUUGUCGAAGUUUUAUACAAAAAUUACUCUAUGAAUUGGGUAAUUUUGUGCAGGAAAACAAAUUUAAAGUAUUAUUAUUUAUUACAAUACUAUUUAGUAUUUGUUGCUAUGGGCUUAAAUUUGUGCGGGUACAAACUGAUAUUGUUAAACUUUGGGUCGAUAAUGGUGGUCGUCUGGAUGAAGAAUUAACUUUUUUAACGAGGGUUCAAGAAAGCAGUACGAAAUAUCCAAAUGAAACUCUUCGAGAAAAUGGUCUUGGUGGUCAAUAUCAAGUUAUUGUUAUUCAAACUGCAAGAUAUGAAGGUGAAAAUAUUUUGAGUAAAGAAGCACUAUUGGAACAUGUUACCAUUUUGCAACAAAUUGCUCAAUUUCAAGUUGAAUUUGCUGGAGUGAAUUGGACAUUAUCGGAUAUUUGUUUUAAACCACCAUUACCUGAUGUUGAGAAAGGAUCAUUUGCUUCGAAUUACCUAAGCAUUAUUGAGAAAAUAUUACCAUGUAUAUGGAUAACACCUAUCGAUUGCUUUUGGGAAGGAUCGAAAGCUAUUGGACCCCACCCAAGGAUUGAUCUAAGUUCAUUGGGUUUCAUAAGAAAUUUCCUAUCAUCGUUACCAUCAGAAGAUUGGCUCUCAUGGAUGAAUAUGAAUCCAAAAGCAAUUGUCGACGAAUUACAUUCAAUUUUUUCAUUAAAUAAUUUGCACAGUAGCUUUGUUCGAGCAGAUAUUGGUAAAGGUUAUUUGGACCGUUGGUGUAUUGAUCCUUUGGAUCGAAAUUGUCCAAAGGAUUCUCCGAAUCAUUUUCCCUUUUGCAAAUAUUUACCAAGAUUUCUUGAAUAUGCUGAACGAAAUAAUUUUAAUGUCGAAAUUGAUCCAAUGUAUGUUCGUUCUGAAGAAGCAAAAAAAAAAAAUAAAGCAAAUGAAUUGAGCUCGUCCCAUCUCAUUGCUUCUGCUCUCUGCUUAAUGUUCUUCAUUUUUUCUUUCGAAAAUGUUUUAUAUAUUUUUUUUUCAGCGACUCGUUGUGCAAAAUAUGCUCAUUUUUUUGCUGAUUGGAUGAAAAAUAAUGAAGAUAAAUGGUUGCAUAUAUUAAAUGAGAGUGAGUUGCCAGUUCAUCCACAUUUUGGCAAGAUUUUGCAAGGUGGAUGUCAUGGAUUUGCGAAAGGUGUUAUGCUAUGGCCACAAGAUUUAAUAAUCGGUGGUGUUAAGACAAAAUUUGAUCAUAUUGAAUUAGCAGAAGCAUUGCAGACUGUUUUCCUUGUUGCAUCUCCCAGUGAUGUUUAUCUUCGCUUCAGGGAUAAUGAUAAAACUUAUUUGAAACCGAAUUUGAAAUCAUCGGAAUGGUCAUUGGAAAUGGCUGAAAAUAUUAUAAAAGCUUGGCAACGUAAUUAUACUCAAGAAUUAUAUAAUCAUGAAUGGAAUUUUGAAAAUUAUGGAGAUGGUGCUGCAUAUGAAAAACGGCGUAUUCAUCCGCUUGCAGCCACAUCAGUUUCCGAUAUGCUUGAACAAUUCUGUCAAUUCAAUUAUCGGAUUAUUUUUAUUGGAUAUUUCUUAAUGCUAAUCUAUGCGAUGCAAUCACAAAUGCGAAGAAACGGCUAUAUGCUCGCUAUUGAUUCAUAUAUGGGUUUAGCAUUUGCUGGUGUGGUCACUGUAACUUUUGCCUCGGUUUCUGGUCUUGGAUUAGCAACGUGGUUUGGUAUCAGUUUCAAUGCUGCUACUACCCAGAUAGUUCCUUUUUUAACACUCGGAAUCGGUGUUGACAAUGUUUUUCUUCUUUUACACAAUUAUCGAAGGAUAACCGAAAAUGUACAGAAGAAUGAAAUAGGCCUGUUGAUGAAAGAAACUGGAAUGAGUGUGGUGAUGGCUUCGAUUAAUAAUAUUUUAUCAUUUCUUGCUGGAACAAUAUUACCAAUUCCUGCUUUACGGGAUUUUUGUGCACAGUCUUCCAUCCUCUUGUCUUUUAAUUUACUUGCUGUUCUUACAUUUUAUCCUGCUUUAAUAUCAUGUGAUCUUCUUCGGCGUAAAGAAUCUCGUCGAGAAAUCUGUUGUUGCUCUAUCGUUGACACUGACCAUACCGAUCACUAUCAUAUUGAUGUUGGAGUAAAGCCCCAGUUACAAGUAAUUUUAAUCAUUUUUGAACGUAAUUCAUUAUUUGAUAAAGAAGGUGAUAUUGAUCUCAAACCAUGCACAUUAUCUUUUUUUCUUCAUAAUUAUUACAUUCCUUUCUUGAGGCAGAAAUUUACGAAGGCAGUUAUUCUCUUAACAUGCAUAGCAUUAUUUAUUAGCGCUAUAUUCGGAAUUCAUCAAGCAUCUUAUGGACUCGAACUCAGUGAUGUUCUUCCCGAAAAUACUGCUCCUGUUGCAUUCAUAAGAGCUCGUGAUCGUUAUUUCAGUUUUUAUCCUAUGUUUGCCAUAUUGAGGGGACCUAAUAUUGACUAUGCACAUGAACAACAUAAAAUUGAGAGUUAUCGACGAAGUAUUGCUAAAUCAAAAUUUGUUGUGAAAGGAAAUGGUUUGGAGCCAAGUGAGAAAUAUUGGCUCGGCCUCAUGCGCGAUUGGCUGAAAGAAAUACAAAUAAAAUUUGAUGAAGCUAUUGUUAAGAAACAGAUUAAUUUAACCGAAAUGAUAACAGCGACGAAUUACACCGAUUCUAUGAAGCAUGUUCCACAAGAUAUCAAAAUUGCUAUAUCCCUUAUCUGUAGUUAUGGAGACAAAUACAACUGCAGUGAAAGGUUAGGAAAAAUUCGUUUAAUUGACGAAAGUGAUACGAUCAAUGUUGAUGGUUUUUAUAAUUAUUUGACGGGAUGGUACAACGCUGAUAAAAUGAUGUAUCAUAUAUCUCAAGCUUCUUUCUUCCCCGUUCCACCAAGCCAUUCAUUCUUGACUUAUUCUCAUUUCGUACCUCCUGCAAUGCCUCUUGCAUAUAGUCAAAUACCGUUUUAUUUAACAGGACUAACUAAUACACCAAUAAUAGUCGAUAUGAUUAAGGAUAUCCGUGCAAUCUGUGAUGAAUUCUCAAAAGACGGGUUGCCUAACUUCCCAUCAGGCGUUGCAUUUAUUUUUUGGGAACAAUAUCUUUAUCUCAGCUCAUAUUUAUUGCGGUCAAUUUGUAUAAUUGCACUUGCAGUUUUCUUUAUUAUAUCCAUCAUUUUAUUUAAUCCAUGGGCAGCAGGUAUUGUCAUGAUUAUAUUGAUCAUGAUGACUGUUGAAUUGGCAGGUUUCCUUGGUUUAGCUGGGAUAAAAAUGAAUCCUAUAUCUGCGGUUACCGUAAUUACUGCUGUUGGAAUCGGUGUGGAAUUUACGGCUCAUGUGGUGUUCUGCUUUUUAACAUCUUUGGGUACGCGUGAUCAACGCAUGUGCGCUUGUAUUGAUCGCGUAUUUGUUCCAGUAAUACAUGGCGCUUCAUCGACUUUAUUAGGCAUUUUUAUGCUUGCCUUCUCGGAGUUUGAAUUCGUUUUUAAGUAUUUUUUCGUUGUGAUGUCAGCACUGAUUCUUAUUGGCGUUAUUAAUGGCUUAAUUUUAUUACCUGUGCUCUUAUCUCUCAUUGGUCCACCUUGCGAGGUAAUACCAGUAGAUGGAAGUAAUCGAUUAGCAGUUCCACCACCACUGAAGCAACAUACAAUUAAACGCAACGAUUCUGACGAUAGUAACGCGGGAACGUUGGGCGCUGAAAAUGUUUAUGUUUAUGUUUAUUUUCUUUUUUUUUUCAGAAAUGGAUUUGUUUUUAACUUCAAUAUUUCUUGGAAUGACUUUUUUUUUUACAGUGUAGCACUAUGCUUCUCAUCGAUCCACACAAUGGUUUUAAAUCAACACCACGGCUGGUUGUAA